AAUCCAAUCCAGCCAGUAAGACAAUCGAAUCCCGCUUACAUUUUUUCAGUGGUCGAUUCACGCGGGCGACGUACUUUUUUUAACCAGUACGAUAUCGAUCAUCAUCAAACGUCCCGCAACACUUUUGCGGGCGCUAAACGCCACAGUCCGCGCAACCAAACAAGCACCAUGGAGAACAACCUACGCGAAGUAGUAGCUCGACUCACCAACCAGUCGUCGGACACCGUACGCCCAGCGUGCAAGAAGUGCGGCUACCCGGGCCACUUCACCUACCAGUGCCGCAACUUUCUCAAGGUAAACCCAAACAAAGACAUUGUUCUCGACGUGAGCAGUACCAGUUCCGAAGAGGAAAGCGACGGGGAAUUUGUGUCGCCGCUCACACAACUCAACCUCGCGCAACAGCGAGCCGCCGCUGUAGUGGCCGCUUCGUCGUCGGCAGGUGUCGCCGCCGUUGCGCCGAAAAAAGAGCGCGAAAGCCGGAAAAAGUCGGCCGGUCACAAGAAGAAGCGGAAAAAACACAAAUCACGGUCAGAGUCGCCGUCCGCGCGUCGAGAAGAGAGCAGAGAGCGGAAGAGGCGUGGAGAGGGCUCCACGAAGCACGAGAAACGCGACCCGGAGAAGAAACGCCACAAGCACUCCCACAAGAAGCACAAGUCGAGGGAACGCUCAAGGUCACGAAGCUGAGAGAUGAGUUCACACAAAACUUACAUCGCUCGGUUCGAGUGGUCAUCUAUUCACCGCAUUACCGAUCCCGUUUUUCGCCUUGUUGCGUUGCACUGUACAUGGCUUGCACGUGAGCUGAUUGCCUCGACGUCACAUUGGCGGCCAUUGUGGAGGACCUUGCUGUCGCGACCUUUUGCAGCGCAUAUUUUCCACCGCUGAAUUUUCUUUUCUUGGCAAGAAGCAUAAAUGAUUAUUCGCAAGAUGUAAUGACAUCACUUGCAAUCCAUGCAUGUGUAUCUUGCCAUUUCGCGAGCUUCUAAACUGGAUCAAGCACAUUUCUAUCUGCCAAGUGCUUGUUCCUUGAAGUACAAAGUCCAUAAUACACAUAAUACUUUGUUAAUAUUUUAAUCACUGCUCACCAUACUCCAGAAAGCAUAGACUCUGAGAGAACUCUGAAGUGCAUGGUGAUGAUGACCCCUGGUGGCGAUCUGUGAGGACCGUUUUAUUAUUUGCUGUAUUUUUACUUUUAGAAAUCAAACAUGGACUAGGAACCUACGAUUUGCAACAGUCAGUGCACCAUUCUUCUGUGCAGCAGUGUGGCCUAUAUGAAGCCGCUUGUCAUGCAUUCUUCUACCUGGAAACUUUUGUAAAGUGUCUUUUACGUCGUUGGUUUCCGGCCCAGCAAAACCCGUUUUUGCGAUAAAGUCAAAAAUAAGGAU